AUGAGUAACACUAGUGAAGCUUUGAAAAGGAUAAAGAACAAACAGCGGAGACAGCAAGUCUAUGCCGAUAUCAAAAGACAAAAGGUCAAAGAUCGUCACAAGUUACGAGCAGAAAGAGCUGAUGAGGAACGUAAUAACCCUGAAUUGCGUGAACAAAGAAUAGCAGAGAACAUCCCAGCUACAAUCGAGUCAAAGCGAGUUUACGAUGAGACAUUGUCUGCUAAUAUCGAAGGAGAUGAGGACGAAUUUAGUGAAUAUUUCACCAAUUUAUCAAAAGACCCUAAGAUUCUUCUCACUACAAAUAUUGGUGCUAAAAAACCAGCUUAUGAAUUUGCCGACAUGUUGAUGGACUUUCUCCCCAAUACCACAUUUGUCAAACGUAAGAAGGAGUUUACUAUCCAAGACAUGGCCAAGUUCAGCUCCAAUAGAGAAUACACUUUGUUGGCUGUCAUAAACGAGGACAAGAAAAAAGUAACGGGUUUAACACUAAUCAACUUACCAGAAGGCCCUACAUUCUACUUCUCCAUAAGUUCGAUAGUUGACGGCAAAAGAAUAAAAGGCCAUGGUGUAGCCACUGACCAUAUACCUGAGCUUGUUCUCAACAACUUCAAUACUCGAUUAGGUAAAACUGUUGGACGUUUAUUUCAAUCGAUUUUCCCACAUAAACCCGAAUUACAAGGAAGACAAGUGAUAACAUUGCAUAAUCAACGUGACUACAUAUUCUUGAGGAGACACCGAUAUGUUUUCAGAAAUGAGGAAAAGGUUGGAUUACAGGAAUUGGGGCCCCAGUUCACUCUCAAGUUGCGAAGAAUGCAAAAGGGAAUAAAGGGUGACGUCGUUUGGGAGUUCAGACCUGAUAUGGAGAGAGAUAAGAGAAAGUUUUAUUUAUAG